AUGUCACAGCCCCAGCAAUGUCUGACCGCAAGUAUGCCAUUACUCCUACACCACUGGCUGUCCUCCUGUCUGACCGCAAGUAUUCCAUUACUUCUUCACCACUGGUUGUCUGACCGCAAGUAUGCCAUUACUCUCCACCACUGGCUGUCUGACCGCAAGUAUGCCAUUACUCCUCCACCACUGGCUGUCCUGUCUGACCGCAAGUAUGCCAUUACUCCUCAACCACUGGCUGUCCUGUCUGACCGCAAGUAUGCCAUUACUCCUUCACCACUGGCUGUCCUGUCCGCAAUAUGCCAUUACUCUCCACCACUGGUUGUCCUGUCUGACCGCAAGUAUGCCAUAACUCCUCCAACACUGGCUGUCCUGUCUGACCGCAAGUAUGCCAUUACUCCUCCACCACUGGCUGUCCUGUCCGCAAGUAUGCCAUUACUCCUUCACCACUGGUUGUCUGACCGCAAGUAUGCCAUUACUCCUCCACCACUGGCUGUCCUGUCUGACCGCAAGUAUGCCAUUACUCCUCCGCCACUGGCUGUCCUGUCUGACCGCAAGUAUGCCAUUACUCUUCCACCACCGGCUGUCCUGUCUGACCGCAAGUAUGCCAUUACUCCUCCGCCACUGGCUGUCCUGUCUGACCGCAAGUAUGCCAUUACUCUUCCACCACCGGCUGUCCUGUCUGACCGCAAGUAUGCCAUUACUCCUCCACCACUGGCUGUCCUGUCUGACCGCAAGUAUGCCAUUACUCCUCCACCACUGGCUGUCCUGUCUGACCGCAAGUAUGCCAUUACUCCACCACCACUGGCUGUCCUGUCUGAUCGCAAGUAUGCCAUUACUCCUCCACCACUGGCUGUCUGA